GAGCAAAGAGAGCCGUUUGUAUGUUAGAGAGAAGAGGAGAGAGAGAGGGAGGGGGAAGGUUAUAGAGAGCAAGAGGGGGGAGAGAGAGAGAGAAUAGAAAGACUAUUAUACCACUGCUAAGUGAUACAGACCAUGGCUGAACAGAGAGAGACGAAAGGAAAGAACGCCUGGCAUAAGGCUGUGAUCAUCAUCACUGUGCUUGGUAUCACAGCGAUAGUUGCCCUGGUGACAACAGCAGUGUUGCAGAACAAGCCUCUCCUACAGAAGUACAAGUAUGGGAUCGUCCUGGAUGCUGGCUCCUCACAUACAGCAGUGUAUAUCUACGAGUGGCCGGCAGAGAAGGAUAACGACACUGGAAGAGUGCAGCAGACACACGCCUGCAAAGUCGAAGGUGCUGGUAUCUCCAGCUACUCUGUGUUUCCAGGGCAGGCAGGGGCGUCUCUGAAGAGCUGUAUGAAGGAAGCAGAGCGCCUCAUCCCCCUAAGCAGGCACCACGAGACCCCCCUCUACCUGGGGGCCACCGCCGGAAUGAGGCUGCUCAGGAGGAGAGCUGAAACUGACUGGCCAGAACCACUACUACCCAACGGUGUUUAGGAGGAGAGCUGAAACUACUGACUGGCCAGAACCACUACUACCCAACGGUGUUUAGGAGGAGAGCUGAAACUACUGACUGGCCAGAACCACUACUACCCAACGGUGUUUAGGAGGAGAGCUGAAACUACUGACUGGCCAGAACCACUACUACCCAACGGUGUUUAGGAGGAGAGCUGAAACUACUGACUGGCCAGAACCACUACUACCCAACGGUGUUUAGGAGGAGAGCUGAAACUACUGACUGGCCAGAACCACUACUACCCAACGGUGUUUAGGAGGAGAGCUGAAACUGACUGGCCAGAACCACUACUACCCAACGGUGUUUAGGAGGAGAGCUGAAACUACUGACUGGCCAGAACCACUACUACCCAACGGUGUUUAGGAGGAGAGCUGAAACUACUGACUGGCCAGAACCACUACUACCCAACGGUGUUUAGGAGGAGAGCUGAAACUACUGACUGGCCAGAACCACUACUACCCAACGGUGUUUAGGAGGAGAGCUGAAACUACUGACUGGCCAGAACCACUACUACCCAACGGUGUUUAGGAGGAGAGCUGAAACUACUGACUGGCCAGAACCACUACUACCCAACGGUGUUUAGGAGGAGAGCUGAAACUACUGACUGGCCAGAACCACUACUACCCAACGGUGUUUAGGAGGAGAGCUGAAACUACUGACUGGCCAGAACCACUACUACCCAACGGUGUUUAGGAGGAGAGCUGAAACUACUGACUGGCCAGAACCACUACUACCCAACGGUGUUUAGGAGGAGAGCUGAAACUACUGACUGGCCAGAACCACUACUACCCAACGGUGUUUAGGAGGAGAGCUGAAACUACUGACUGGCCAGAACCACUACUACCCAACGGUGUUUAGGAGGAGAGCUGAAACUACUGACUGGCCAGGCAUUAACCACUGCUACCCAACUAAUGGAUGACCUGGAUGACCUAAUUUUUUACACAUUUGGAUAAACCUGCUUAUAUCAAGCAAUAGACAGUUUGUGGAAAAGGUAAAAA